AUGUUUUCUGUCUCUUCCACUGACAGGGAAUUCAACGAGAUGUCGCUUGUAAUUCCAGAGAAAUUCCAACAUAUUCUUCGUGUCAUGGGCACGAAUAUUGAUGGAAAUAAAAAAGUUAUGUUUGCUAUGACAGCAAUUAAAGGUGUAGGUCGUCGUUACGCUAACAUCGUUUUGAAAAAGGCUGAUAUCGAUUUAGAUAAGCGUGCUGGAGAAUGUUCAGAAGAAGAAGUUGAAAAAAUUGUUACAAUUAUGGCCAAUCCUAGGCAGUAUAAAAUUCCUGACUGGUUCCUGAACAGGCAAAAAGAUAUUGUAGAUGGCAAAUAUUCACAGCUUACCAGUUCAUAUUUAGACUCAAAACUUCGUGAGGACUUGGAAAGAAUGAAGAAAAUUCGUGCUCACAGGGGUAUGCGUCAUUAUUGGGGUCUACGUGUACGUGGCCAGCAUACAAAAACCACUGGUCGCCGUGGACGUACAGUGGGUGUAUCCAAAAAGAAGUAAUUUUAUAUUUUCUUGGUUAUCAAUAAAUUUAUAAAACAA